AUGUGUCUGUAUUCUCUCAUGCAUCUCCAGACAAGACACUCCCAGGAAGUGGACCGCCUGCAGGAGGCUCUGCUCUCCUCUCGGUCCCAGCUUCAAGAGCUGGAGAAGGAGCUGGAGCGGCAGAAGGCCGAGCAGCAGCACCUGCUGGAAGACUUGCAGGAGAAGCAGGAAGAGAUCUUGCAUUUCCGGGAGGAGAGGCUGUCCCUCCAGGAAAAGGACUCCAGGCUGCAGGAAAGGCUGGCCUUCCUGCAGCAACAGUGUGAAGAGAAGCAGCAGCUCUCCCUCUCCUUGCAGUCAGAGCUCCAGAUCUGUGAGGCACUCUGUGGAACUCCUAAGACAGGCCUGAAAGCUUUCAGCCUGGAUUCCUGCCACCAAGUCCCCAGUGAGUUAAGCUACCUGGUGGCGGAGAUACGCGCUCUGAGAGAGCAGUUGGAGCAGAGCAUUCAAGUGAACAACUGUCUGCGGCUGCAGCUGGAACAGCAGCUGGAUGGUGGUGCUGGCAAAGCCAAUCUCAGCCCGUUGUCCUCUGUUAGCCAGAAGUUCUCAGCCGAUGUGGAGCCUGCAAACCCACAGCCACUCUUCCAAGGUUCAGCCGCGUCCCCUCCAGUCCGGGAUGUUGGCUUGAAUUCUCCAGCCACGGUCCUCCCCAGCUCUUCUCACUCUGUUCCUGGCUCAGACCCUGCCAUCAUCACCAGGACAAAUGAGCUGGGUUUAGAUGAUUCUGCAGUGAUGAAGAACCCUCCCAAGCUGGAGGGCAAUGCUGUUGAUGGCUCCUUUGCCAACAAGCAUGGCCGACAUGUCAUCGGCCAUAUUGAUGACUACAGUGCUCUACAAGAGCAGAUCAGGGAAGGCAAGCUGCUGGUCCAAAAGAUCCUGUCUCUCGUGAGGCCAGCGUGCAGCAUCCCUGGCCUUGAAGCUCAGGGCAUAGGGGUACCGGGUACCAAAAGUGUCCGUGAGCUGCAGAGCAGCGCCAAUGCUCUGAACCACACCCUAGACGAGUCAGCAUCCCUCCUCACCAUGUUCUGGAGAGCAGCCUUGCCAAGCUCGCACGGUCCAGGACUGGUAGGCAAAGCGGGACAGUUGAUGGAGAAAGAACUCCUGGACCUGCGAGCCCAAGUGUCCCAACAGGAACAGCUCCUCCAGAGAACUAAUGAGCGUCUGAAGACAGCCAAGCAGAAGAAGAAAAGCAUGGAACAGUACAUCGUGAACCACCUGACGAGGACCCAUGAUGUCCUGAAGAAAGCACGGACUAAUUUAGAGGUGAAAUCCUUAAGGGCUCGGCCGUGCACUUCAGGCUUGUGACCCUUGUCUUCCAGGAGCCACACAAGAAGCGAAGCCACAAGUCCUAAAAGCAGCAGGAAGGGUGGGCCUGCCCCCCUCUUGUGCAGCUGCCUAUCUGCUGAGGGGUAGCUGUCCCACUCCUCCCCUGCUGGAGGUCCAGAAAAGAGCUCAGAGAUGUGUCCACACGGGACAGGCAGGCGAGAGUGGCAUCCUGGCAGCAGUGAAUAUGAUUAGCCAAGGCCCGCUGGGCCCAGCACUAAGCCAAACUGAUGUAGACUGCAUAGACGGCCUCGCGGCUCUGCUUCUAAACAGCCUCAGUGGCCCUGGCACCCUCCUCAUCACGGUUCUUGCCUCGGCAUCUGCCCUCAAGACGGCCAACUCAGGGGAAUGAGGACCUCGAUGCCCACAAACAGGGUGUGUGGUCCCAACACCGAAGCUCCUCAGACAGUUGUAAAAGCACACUAGUUGAGAGGCAGUGCCCUGCUGGACAGUGUUGGGGCUCAGCAAAGUCCCCUCACAAACCGACUCUUAAUCUAGGCCAGCCCUAUGGGCCAAGCCAGGUAGUACUUUGGUCUACAACACCACGUCAGAGUUCUUUGAGUCUACACAGCAGACGUGGUGACUUCUAGGUGCCCCAUGCUUAGCCUAGCACCCUCUGUUUCCUGGAUGAUCUCCAGUUGAACGGGCUCCCUUAGAUGUGCUGUCCCCUGUAAUCCUGACUUCCCUCGGGGGAACUGGGGACUGGUGGCCACAUCAUGCCCGUUGAAUGUCUAAAGCAUACAGCACACCUGUUCCUCUUUUAAUGGCAUGGCGAGGCCUGUUCUGAACUGAAGACUGUGAGUCUUCACAGUGCUCAUAGGAUGUGGCUGUGUGUGUAUAAAUGUAUAAUAUAGAUAUAUAUGUUGCUAUGGCCAGGUGUCAAAGGUCAUAAUGUGCAGACAGGUGGGUGGGAGGAUGCUACACAGUCUUUUGGAUGGCUAUUAAAGCAAACUGUGUAUAAAGAAA